AUGGCUAAGUUCUUAAAAGCUGGUAAAGUUGCUGUUGUCGUCCGUGGUCGUUACGCCGGUAAGAAGGUUGUCAUCGUUAAGCCACAUGAUGAAGGUUCUAAAUCUCACCCAUACGGUCAUGCUUUAGUCGCCGGUAUUGAAAGAUACCCAUUAAAGAUCACCAAGAAGCAUGGUGCCAAGAAGGUUGCCAAGAGAACUAAGAUCAAGCCAUUCAUCAAGGUCGUUAACUACAACCAUUUAUUACCAACCAGAUACACUUUAGAUGUUGAAUCUUUCAAGUCUGUUGUUUCUACUGAAACUUUUGAAGAACCAUCUCAAAGAGAAGAAGCUAAGAAGGUCAUCAAGAAGGCUUUCGAAGAAAGACACCAAGCUGGUAAGAACCAAUGGUUCUUCUCUAAGUUAAGAUUCUAA